AUGCAGGCCACGCAAGUUGGGCCCCCGGCCAUGACCGACAUCGAGAAAGACAGAGUCGAGCACAUCGACAACAUCGAGACCAAUGGAUCUGAUGUCGACUACAACAGCGGCCCGGAUGACAUGGGCUUCACCCCGGCCGAGCAGAAAAAAAUCAUUCGCCGCAUUGACCUGCGCCUGGUGGUGACGGUCGGCGUCAUGUACUGCGUGAGCCUAAUGGACCGGACAAACCUGUCGGCUGCGAACAUUGCCGGAAUGAGCGUCGAGUUGGACAUGGAGAUUGGCUACCGAUACUCCAUUGUUACUCUCGUCUUCUUCAUCACGUACAUUAUCUUCCAGCCUCCGUCCACAGUCAUCGUUCGUAAAAUCGGCCCGCGCCUGCAUCUGUCUGCCCUUUGUUUCCUGUGGGGAGCCACCAUGAUUGGCAUGGGAUUCUCCAACACUUGGAACACACUAGGCGGUCUGCGUGCUAUCCUGGGUGUGCUCGAGGCUGGGUUUUUCCCGAGUGCUGUCUACUUGAUGAGUACUUGGUACGUUAGAUACGAGAUGGGUAAAAGAUACUCUGUAUUCUACAUCAUUGGCUGUGUGGCCUCAGCUUGCUCUGGUAUCCUGGCUUACGGACUGAUGCAAAUGCAUGGUCUAAGUGGCGUGACUGGUUGGCGAUGGAUCUUCAUCAUAGAAGGCAUUCUCACCUGCGGCAUCGGCCUUGGCGGCUACUGGUUCCUUGUCAGCUUCCCUGACGGCAAACACAAGUCGUGGAAUUUCUUGGAUGAGCGCGAGAAACGUUGGGUCAUCAGCCGAGUCCAAGCCGACCGUGGUGAUGCUGGCCUGGAGUCGUUCUCGCUCAAGAAGUUCUUCCGCGGCGGCAUGGACUGGAAGGUGUGGGGAUACGCCUUGAUCUUCUUCGGCACCACCACCAUCACUUACGCCUUGGCCUAUUUCCUUCCCAUUAUCCUGCGCGUCAACAUGGGUUUCAGCAUUGCCGCAGCCCAGUGUCUCGUCGCCCCGCCAUACAUCUUUGGUGCCCUCGUCAUGUACGGAACCGGAUACUUUGGCGACCGCUUGCACUUGAGAGGGCCGAUCAUCGCCUUCAACAUGCUCCUAUGCAUUAUUGGUCUCCCGAUCAUGGGCUUUGCGAGCAACGCUGGUGUACGAUACUUCGGUGUGUUCUUGGUCACUGCUGGUGCCAACGCCAACGUCCCUGCCACCAUGAGUUACCAAGCAAACAACAUCCGCGGACAGUGGAAGCGUGCCUUCACUAGCGCCUCGCUCGUUGGCUUCGGAGGCAUCGGCGGAAUUGCGGGAAGCUUGGUGUUCCGCACCCAAGAUGCUCCUCAUUACAGGCCUGGUAUGUGGGCUUGCAUCGCCUGCGCUCUGAUGAACCUCCUUCUUGUUUGUAUCAUCGGCGUUUCUUUCUGGCGCGACAACAAGAAACAAGCUAGGGGAGAGAAGAUGAUUGAGAGCAAUGAUACUGACCCUGAUGAUCCAAACUUCCGCUACACCUACUGA